UAUGGAGUUGGGUUUGAGUUCCGUCCAACCAACCAUACUAGUUUUGACCCAGCCAGGGGCGUUCAGAUAUUAGUAGGUGUCAAUUGGGGUAUCUUAUUCCCUUUGAUUUCUUGUUUGUGAUGUGAGACAAAUAGAAAAACAAGUUCUAUCAUUUAUGAUAUUGUAUAAGAUGAUUUUUUUUUUUCAAACAUGGAGCAGUUUAUAUAUGUUAUAUCACUGUGUUUUUUAUGGGUGGACUUAUGGUUUGAACUUUGAAGGUGAUAACAAGAGCAAUCUCACCCACAAAAUCUUUAUAUGUUACACAGGAAGGGGAAAGUUCUUUGCUGUGCUAAAAGGAAGCUCUCUUGACUUCUAUCCAUAGUUCCUCAGUGUUUUCCUUCAAUCCAAUUUAAAUAUGCAUGUGUCUGAGAUUUAAUCCUUUUGUUCUUUCUUUUCUUUCUAGUUUCCUACUAGAGAAAGCUAAGGAAGUUGGCCAUGGAAGAUCCUGAUGAGAGUGGGAAUGUUCCUUCUGGCUGGAGUUGGGAAGACAACAAGUUAUUUGAGCUGGCGCUGGCGGUGGUCGACGAAGGAAAUCCUGAUAGGUGGGAGGCAGUUGCAUCCAUUAUUGGAGGCAAGAGGAGUGCAGAGGAGGUGAAGAGCCAUUAUGAGGUCCUUCUAGAGGACUUGGAUAUCAUUGAAUCUGGUAGAUUGGAUCAUGCAGUUAGUGCGGUACUCAAUGACACACAAGAUGUCUGUUGGACAGAUGAAGACCAAGAGCGGCUUGCUCAACUGAAUAUAAGAUGAUCGACUGCAAGCACAAACUCAUACAGCCAACUUCACUGCUCUUCCCAAUUGCAAAAGGCAAUUAUUGAUUUGCUGUAUACAAGUAAUUUGGUUCAAAGCUCAAGCCCGGCACUUCAUUCAUUACAUAUCCUUGACACUUGUUUUGGCAUGACUGAUAUACUAACACGUAAAUUGUGAAGUUCAUCCAUCAGGUUGAGGUGGAUUCAGACAUCAAAGUACAGAUAAAUAUACCAAUCUAAAGUUAAACCACGCAUUGUUUAA